AUGCAAGCCAAACAACAGAUUAUCUCUAGAACUGAAAAUAAUGAACAGAUUUCAGAGUUCAUUAAAAAACGAAAUGACAAUUUCAAGAAUUCAUCCACCAAAAUGAUAGACUCUUGCCUUGAAAGGAAUAGAAAAGCAAUUAUUCUUGAUCGAAUCAUGAUUCACGCAGACACUCCUAAACAACAUCUAGAAUUAAUUCCUGAUGAAAUUAAAAAACAAACGGCUUUACAUUUUCAAAAGAUUGCUGAUUCAACAAAUAGAGACGUCUCAACUA